AAAGUCGACGGAAAGAAGAAAGUCUAAGAAGACAAGCAAACAACAUGCCUAGCUAACAAUAUUCAUCCUCCAUGAUAGAGCUAUAUAUAUACAUACACAUAUAUAUGAAUCAAUCAACAAAUUAAUUCAAGCUGCUUGUCGCUUAUUAUACACAAGCAUCGAUCGCAGUUAUUCUUAUUGAUUAAUAAUGAAAGAAGGUUCGGUUAGACAACGAGCUGCCUCAGCCACCAAUAAUGAAUCUGAUGAGGCGAAGAAGAAGAACAACAGCAACACAGAAGAAGAAGCAGGAGCAGUUGAUGGAUCAUUAAGAAGGUCGCCGUCACUGGCGAGACGUGCGGUGUCUCAAACACUGACGAGCACGGCCACGUUGGCCAACCUUCUUCCGACUGGCACCCUGUUAGCGUUCCAGAUGCUGACCCCUGUCUUCACCAACAACGGCUCUUGUGACUCCGUCACGCGGCUUCUCACCCUCAUGCUCCUUCUCCUGCUCGGACUGUCUUCCUUCCUAGCCUGCUUCACGGACACCGUGAAGGCAUCCGAUGGACGCGUGUACCAUGGCCUCGCCACCUUCACAGGCCUCUGGCUCUUUGACCACCCUGAACCGGACCCCUCAUCAUCGUCAUCUUCCGGGUUGCCUGAUCUGAGCAAGUACAAAGUGAGGUUGUUGGAUUGGGUGCAUGCCCUGCUGUCAGUUCUCGUCUUCUGUUCCGUGGCGUUGAGGGAUAAAAACGUGGUCACCUGCUUCUACGGACCGAAGCCGGAGCACGAGACUCAGGAGGUGCUGAAUAUUGUCCCGGUUGGCAUUGGGGUUCUCUCCAGCUUGCUCUUUGUCGUUUUUCCAACCACAAGGCAUGGCAUUGGCUACCCCCGCAGUUGACUCAUUAUUAUUAAUCCAUCAAAUCCCUCUGUAUAUUGUACUAUCAAAUUACACAUAUGAUCGAUGAGUUUAAUAUGUUUGUUAGCCUCCCACCACAGCUUUCCAUUUCUUAAAUAUUUAUUCCUAUUUAGAUUCUUUCAUGACUUGGAGGGGUGCCCUGGAAUCAAUUGUCAAUAAGUUGAAGUUGAACACAACCAACCUCACUUCAUUAUUUCUUCUAUUAUUGUAUAUCUAUCUAUCAUACCUUGAGUUUUAAUUUGUUACUCUUAUUCUA